AUGGCUGCACCCCUUAUACCGCCAGGACCUGAUAGCUUCAAGAAGUUUACUUUGGAAUCUUUGGCGGAGCUUGAGCUGCGCAUCACAGAGGAGAAGAACAAGAAGCCACCCAAGCAGGAUAGCAGCUACCGCGAUGAUGAUGACGAGAACAAGCCCAAGCCCAACAGCGACCUGGAGGCUGGGAAGAGUCUGCCCUACAUAUACGGGGACCCCCCUCGUGGAAUGGUGGCGGUACCAUUGGAGGACCUGGACCCAUACUACCUGAAUUCUCAGAAAACAUUUAUAGUGCUGAAUAAAGGGAAGACAAUCUUCCGUUUUAGUGCCACACCUGCCUUGUACUUCAUAAGUCCUUUUAAUCUGGUUAGGCGAAUAGCUAUUAAAAUUUUGAUACAUUCUCUUUUCAGCAUGAUCAUUAUGGCUACUAUUUUGACCAACUGUAUAUUCAUGACCUUUAGUGAUCCUCCUGAGUGGUCAAAGCAAGUAGAGUACACAUUCACAGGAAUUUAUACAUUUGAGUCUCUUGUAAAAAUCUGCGCUCGAGGAUUCUGUAUAGACGGGUUUACUUUCCUUAGAGAUCCAUGGAACUGGCUGGAUUUCAUGGUCAUUUCCAUGGCAUAUGUAACAGAGUUUGUGGACCUGGGCAAUGUAUCUGCGCUGAGAACAUUCAGAGUUCUCCGAGCAUUGAAAACUAUCUCUGUCAUUCCAGGCCUGAAGACCAUUGUGGGUGCCCUGAUCCAGUCUGUGAAGAAGCUCUCAGAUGUGAUGAUCCUGACCGUCUUCUGCCUGAGUGUCUUUGCCCUCAUCGGUCUCCAGCUCUUCAUGGGCAAUCUGCGCCACAAGUGUGUGUUCUGGCCAAUCAACACCACCGAGAGCUACCUGGCCAAUGGCAGCAAGGGCUUCGACUGGGACGAGUACAUCAUGAACGACACCAAUUUCUACUUCCUACCUGGCCAACUGGAUGCCCUUCUCUGUGGGAACAGCUCAGACUCAGGCCGCUGCCCGGAGGGUUACACAUGCAUGAAAGCUGGGAGGAAUCCAAACUACGGCUACACCAGCUUUGACAGCUUCGGCUGGGCCUUCCUGGCUCUCUUCCGACUCAUGACACAGGACUUCUGGGAAAACCUCUACAUGCUGACACUGAGGGCAGCAGGGAAGACCUACAUGAUAUUUUUCGUGUUGGUGAUUUUUGUGGGUUCGUUCUACUUGGUGAAUCUGAUCCUGGCUGUGGUAGCCAUGGCCUAUGAGGAGCAGAACCAGGCCACCAUGGAAGAGGCUGCGCAGAAGGAGGAGGAAUUUAAGGCCAUGCUGGAGCAGCUGAAGAGACAGCAGGAAGACGCUCAGACUGCUGCCAUGGCAACCUCUGCGGGCACAGUGUCAGAGGAUGCAGUAGAAGACGAUGGAGGAGGGCACCUGUCAUGCAGUUCCUCUGAGAUGUCGAAGCUCAGCUCCAAGAGUGCCAAAGAGCGGCGAAAUCGUAAGAAGAAGUGGCGGCAGAAAGAGCAGGAAAAGGAAAAAGGAGACAGUGAGAAGUUUGUCAAGUCUGAGUCAGAUGACGGCAGCAAGAGGAGCCGCUUCCGUUUCCCUGAUAACCGCCUGGGUCGAAAGUCUUCCAUUAUGAACCAGUCCCUUCUCAGUAUACCCGGCUCGCCUUUCCUGUCCCGCCACAACAGCAAGAGCAGCAUCUUUAGUUUCAAAGGCCGCAAUAAGGACGUGGGCUCAGAGAACGAAUUUGCAGAUGAUGAGCACAGCACUGUGGAGGAGUGCGAGGAGCGUCGGGGCUCCCUGUUCAGCCCGUACCGGCGGAGCAGCUACAGCGGCUACCACGGGAAGAGGAACAGCACGGUGGAUUGCAAUGGCGUGGUGUCGCUCAUCGGCCCUGGUCCCGGUGGACGCCUUCUGCCUGAGGUGAAAAUAGAUAAGGCAGCUACUGACGACAGUGUAAGGAAGUCAAUGAGUAGACCUCCAACCACUGAGGUUGAGGUGAAGAAGAAGCUGUCGGGCUCCCUGAUGGUGUCUGUGGACCAGCUCAAUACCUCCUUUGGGCGGAAAGAGCGGGCCAACAGUGUCAUGAGCGUCAUUACCAACACACUAGUGGAGGAACUGGAGGAGUCUCAGCGAAGUUGUCCCCCAUGCUGGUAUAAGUUUGCUAACACAUUCCUGAUCUGGGAGUGCUCCCCCAAGUGGGUGAAGAUUAAGGAGAUUAUGAACCUGAUAGUCAUGGACCCCUUCGUGGACUUAGCCAUCACCAUCUGUAUCGUUCUCAACACCCUCUUCAUGGCCAUGGAGCACUACCCCAUGACCCCUGACUUUGAGGAUAUGCUAUCUGUAGGCAAUCUGGUCUUCACCGGUAUUUUUGCAGGGGAGAUGCUUUUCAAACUGGUGGCUAUGGAUCCCUACUACUACUUCCAGGAGGCCUGGAACUGUUUCGAUGGUUUCAUUGUGACGCUGAGUUUAGUGGAGCUGGCUUUGGCUGAUGUCGAGGGCCUGUCUGUGCUGCGGUCAUUCCGAUUGCUGAGAGUGUUUAAACUGGCCAAGUCAUGGCCCACCCUCAACAUGCUGAUCAAGAUCAUAGGUAACUCAGUGGGAGCCUUGGGGAACCUGACUCUGGUGCUGGCAAUCAUCGUCUUCAUCUUUGCUGUGGUAGGCAUGCAGUUGUUUGGAAAGAGCUACAAAGACUGUGUGUGUAAGAUCGCUGCUGACUGUGAGCUACCCCGCUGGCACAUGAACGACUUCUUCCAUUCCUUCCUGAUUGUCUUCCGGGUGCUGUGUGGUGAGUGGAUCGAAACCAUGUGGGACUGCAUGGAAGUGGCGGGCCAGGGCAUGUGCCUCAUCGUCUUCAUGAUGGUCAUGGUGAUUGGUAAUCUGGUGGUGUUGAACCUGUUUCUUGCCUUGCUACUGAGCUCAUUCAGCGCUGACAACUUGGCUGCAACAGAUGAUGACGGUGAGCCCAACAACCUACAGAUUUCUGUCAAGCGUAUAAAGAUAGGCAUUGCGUGGUUUAAAGCGAAGAUGCGGAUAGUGGUGGCCAGUCUGCUGAAGAAACCACCAAUGGAGGAUGAACAGAAGCCUUUGGAUGACAUGUAUGACAAGAAGCUGAACUGCAUUGCUAACCACACUGGGGUGGACAUCAACCGUGACCUGGACUACGCCAAGAAUGGUAAUGGCACCACCAGCGGUAUUGGCAGCAGUGUGGGCAAGUAUAUGAUUGAUGAGGACCACAUGUCGUUCAUCCACAACCCGAACCUGACCGUCUGCGUGCCCAUAGCUGUGGGAGAGUCUGACUUUGAGAACCUCAACACGGAAGACUUCAGCAGCGAGUCUGAAAAUGAGAACAGCAAAGAGCUGGAUGACACCAGUUCAUCAGAAGGCAGCACCAUUGACAUCAAACCAGAUGUGGUGGAGGAGGUGGUGGUGGAGACGGUGGAGGAAUACAUGGAGCCAGACGCGUGUUGGACAGAUGCUUGUGUGGCCAAGUACAAGUGCUGUGACGUUCCCAUCACAGUGGGCUGGGGGAAGCCCUGGUGGUUCUUGAGAAAAACCUGCUAUCUGAUUGUGGAGCACAACUGGUUUGAGACCCUGAUCAUCUUCAUGAUCCUCCUCAGUAGCGGUGCCCUGGCAUUUGAGGAUGUGUACAUUGAGCAAAGGAAGACCAUUCGGAUCAUUUUGGAAUACGCUGACAGGGUUUUCACCUACAUCUUCAUCCUGGAGAUGUUGCUGAAAUGGGUCGCCUAUGGUUUUGUCAAGUACUUCACCAAUGCCUGGUGUUGGCUGGACUUCUUCAUUGUGGAUGUGUCUAUAGUCAGCCUUGUAGCUAAUGCGCUGGGCUACUCCGAUCUAGGGCCCAUUAAAUCACUCAGGACACUAAGGGCCUUGAGACCCCUCAGAGCCUUGUCACGUUUUGAAGGGAUGAGGGUGGUAGUCAACGCCUUGGUGGGUGCCAUCCCUUCCAUUAUGAAUGUGUUGCUGGUUUGCCUCAUCUUUUGGCUGAUUUUCAGUAUAAUGGGUGUCAACCUGUUUGCGGGCAAGUACUACUACUGUUUCAAUGAGACAUCAGAGGAAUACUUUUCCGUUGAUGUGGUCAACAACAAGACCCAGUGUGAGGCCCUCAUGCAUCAAAACUUUACCGAAGUCAGGUGGAAGAAUGUCAAGAUCAACUUUGACAAUGUGGGCGCCGGCUACCUGGCUUUACUGCAAGUGGCCACAUUCAAAGGCUGGAUGGACAUUAUGUAUGCAGCUGUGGAUUCUAGAGAGGUGGAAGACCAGCCCAACUAUGAAGUCAACAUCUACAUGUACAUCUACUUUGUUGUUUUCAUCAUAUUCGGUUCCUUCUUCACCCUGAACCUCUUCAUUGGUGUGAUCAUUGACAACUUCAACCAGCAGAAGAAAAAGUUCGGAGGCCAAGAUAUCUUCAUGACGGAGGAACAGAAGAAGUACUACAAUGCCAUGAAAAAGCUGGGGUCCAAAAAGCCACAAAAACCUAUUCCUCGACCACAGAACAAGAUCCAGGGAAUGGUGUUCGACUUUGUAACACAGCAAGUCUUUGAUAUCUCCAUCAUGAUUCUUAUCUGCCUCAACAUGGUCACCAUGAUGGUGGAAACAGACGAUCAGUCUGAUGAAACAGAACAUGUCCUCUACUGGGUCAACUUUAUCUUUAUUGUAGUCUUCACCACGGAGUUCUUACUGAAGCUUUUUGCCCUUCGCCACUAUUACUUCACCAAUGGCUGGAAUAUCUUUGACGUUGUGGUGGUCAUCCUUUCAAUUGUCGGUAUGUUCCUGGCUGACCUUAUUGAGAAAUACUUUGUAUCGCCAACCUUGUUUAGGGUGAUCAGGUUGGCUCGUAUUGGCCGUAUCCUCCGUCUGAUCAAAGGAGCUAAGGGCAUCCGGACGUUACUCUUUGCUCUGAUGAUGUCAUUGCCAGCCCUGUUCAACAUUGGUCUACUGCUCUUCCUGGUCAUGUUCAUCUUCUCGAUCUUCGGCAUGUCUAACUUCGGCUACGUAAAACAUGGAGCGGGAAUUGACGACUUGUACAACUUCGAGACCUUUGGUAACAGCAUGAUCAUCCUGUUCAUGAUCACCACGUCUGCUGGCUGGGAUGGCUUGCUGCUGCCAAUCCUCAACUACCCACCAGACUGUGAUCCCAACUUGGAAAACCCAGGCACCUCCGUGAAGGGCGACUGUGGUAACCCGUCGGUGGGAAUCUUCUUUUUUGUCAUGUAUAUCAUCAUUUCUUUUCUGAUUGUGGUCAAUAUGUACAUUGCCAUCAUUCUGGAGAACUUCAGUGUGGCCACAGAGGAAAGUGCUGAUCCACUCAGUGAGGACGACUUUGAGACCUUCUACGAGAUCUGGGAGAAGUUUGACCCUACCGCCUCUCAAUUCAUUACUUUUGCCAAGCUGUCUGACUUUGCCGACGCUUUAGAGCACCCACUUCGUGUGCCAAAGCCCAACACUAUAGAACUAAUUGCCAUGGACUUGCCCAUGGUGAGUGGCGAUCGCAUUCACUGCCUAGACAUCCUGUUUGCCUUCACAAAGCGUGUGCUGGGUGACAGUGGUGAGUUGGACAUGCUGAGGCAGCAGAUGGAGGAGCGUUUUGUGGCAGCAAACCCAUCCAAGGUCUCAUAUGAACCCAUCACCACCACCCUCCGCCGCAAACAGGAAGAUGUCUCCGCCAGAACUAUCCAGAACGCCUACCGUUCUCACCUCAUCAGGCGUGGCAUCAUCUUCAAGCGUCGCACUUUCACCAACAAUAAGCUUGAGAAUGGAGGGACCAACCAAGAAAAGAAGGAGAGCACGCCAUCCACUGCCUCUCUCCCCUCUUAUGACAGCGUGACCAAACCUGACAAGGAGAAGCAAGAUGAGAACAAAGAGGAGUGGGCCAGGAAAGAGAAGGACAAAAACCAAAAAGAUGAGUGGGAAUCCAAGUGUUAG